AUGAGCGGACACAAUUGGCGUUGGGUAUUUCCAAUCUGGCUCUUCGGUAUGGUGCCUGUAGGCACUAACAUAGUCAAUAUACUUGUUGACACCCUUACUCCUUGUAUAGUCAUGAUCAUUACACGUGGAUCAGUGGUCGUCUCGGACAUCCUGGUAAUUGUAGCAACAUGGUACUACAUAAGCCGUACGAGCUCCGUCAGAACACAACUGGUACGAGAUAUAUGGACUGCAAGGCCUAACCUCACGACCGUCAUGUUCCGGGAUGUCCUCAAGUAUAGUGAAUAUAACAAGCUUGAUUACAGUUUUGAGGUAUCUGGUGACACAUCAACCCCUGCAUCUUAUAGGAUGACGAGUAUCCUCAUCUCACGCUUCCUCAUCUGCAUCCGCGAGGCUGCAGAACGCUCAACACAGGCAUUCAGCUCCCAAUCUUUGUCCUUCGUCGAUUCGCAGGGAAACUCUUCCCCACAGCCGUGGCUCUCAAGUGCAGAGUUUGUCUCGGACAUCAUCAAUCGCUCUGCAGAGGAUAGCCUUGUGGAUGCUUUCCCCAAUCUCGAUGACAACAAUGGUGACUUGAACUCAGGAGGCGGAGAAGAGGCACAGGUACCCAAAGAAGAUGAGGAUGGGAUUGAAAUGGGCGAUUACGCGACAGGCGGACAGCGGUCCCCUUCAGCGUAA